UUGGGGGUGUUCCCACGCGUGUGGGACCCAUGGAGAUAGGCAAUAAAUGCGCGUGCACAAAUGAUUGCAAGCCAAAGAACACCGUAUUCCACUCCACUCUGCUUCCAAUGGUAGUAGCGUGAAGAAGACACAAAGGCACCAUGACCAUGAGUCCCAAAAGGAUGUGCUUGAGCGAGAAGAAGGAGAAGAAGGAAGACGAAAAUGGUGCAGCAGAGAAUGAGAAGGCAAUGUGGGAGGGGCUGAACCCGGAGAUACUGGCUCUCAUCUUCACACGUAUCCCCGCUGAACAGAGGAUCGGAGUGUUAUCACUGGUUUGCAAGUCAUGGUCCCAAUGCCUUUGUGGACCAUAUUGCUGGGUUGACAUCGACAUCGAGCAAUGGUGUCGCAAGACCAACCGCACCGUCUUCAAAAUCGACUCCGCCGUCUGUAAACUCGUCCGUCGCACCAAGGGCACCGUCCGCCGCCUCUCUGCCUUCAAGCUCGGCGACCGCGGUUUCGCUUUCAUCGCCAACUGUGGCAGAUUCCUUAAGGUAUUGAAGAUUCCUAUGAGUGAGGUCACUGACAAUAUGGUAGAGAAGCAUGCAGUGUCACUUGCAAACAUGACGGUCCUUGACAUCAGCUACUGUUUGAAGAUUACAUGCAAAGGGCUUGAAGCAUUUGGAAAGAACUGCAAGGCCUUGGUUCACUUGAGGAGAAAUAUGCCCCCACCAGGACUGGUGCCUACUUACAACGUGAAGCCUGAAGUUAGUGAGGCACUGACCAUAGCUGACACAAUGCCAGGACUUCAGCAUCUCGAGCUUGGUUAUGGCCGUUUCACUGAUGUUGGUAUUGAGGCCAUUUUUGCCAAGUGCAAGGCCCUUACCCAUCUUGACAUCCAAGGGUGUUGGAGUGUAAAGUUGGAUGGCCAUCUUGAGGAUAGGUGCUUGCAGCUUCAAGAGUUUAAGAGCCCCUGGCAUGAUGACUUUGACAUUGGGGCUUCCUCAGAAAAUGACAGUGAUGAAGCAGAUAGUGAUGAAGAAUCUUCCUCAGAUAUGGAUUAGCUCGUGUUUUUCUGCCAGGCUUUGUGGUAAUAUUGACAUAACGAUAGGUAACCCAGUAAACUUUCACUCUUCCCUGCUUCUAGAUUAGGGAGUGAUGCCACUUACUUGAUGGAAAAUGGCAUAGACUCGAAGGAAAAUGCUACUCGCUACUCUUUCAUUACCUUUGACCUAAACAGAAGUUGGUGUUUUUUUUGUUUUUGUGAGAUUAAUUCUCUGUUUGGUCUCUAAGAAACCGAAGGAGAUAAGUGAAGAUAAAAUUUUGAAA